UUCAUUCUAUUAACUUCAACUUCUCAACACCCAAAGCCUUCAUAUCAUAUCAUAACAAAUCUCCCAUAAACCGUUAUUCCAAAACCGCCACCAACUGAAACAAAAAACGCCACAAACAGAAAAUGAAGAAACAGAAGCAGAACCGUUCAUCAGAAACACAACAACACUCGAAUUCGAACCCAUUCGAGUCUCUCUCCGAGGAACUCGUCUUCACCAUCCUCGAUUUCCUCGAAGCUGAUUCUCAAGCCAGCAAAUCGUUCUCGCAGUCAUGUAAAUGGUUCCACUCGCUGGAAUCCAGGCACCGUCGCGUCCUCAGGCCACUACGCGCCGACCACUUGCCGGCGAUGGCGGCGCGUUACCCUUCAGUGGAGGAGCUCGAUCUCUCGCGGUGUCCGCGCGUGGGUGAUGAAUCACUGACUCUGGUGGCUGCUUCUUACCGGGAAACGCUCCGGCGGGUGGACCUGUCGCGGUCGAGAUUCUUCACCGGGAAUGGGCUGCUGAGCGUUGCUGUGAGCUGCCGGAACUUGGUGGAGCUUGACCUGUCCAACGCGACGGAGAUAAGGGAUGCUGCGGCGGCUGCGGUUGCUCGCGCCGGGAACCUCCGGAAGCUGUGGCUGAGCAGGUGCAAGCUGAUUACGGAUAUGGGGAUCGGGUGUAUCGCAGUUGGGUGCAGGAAGUUGAGGCUGAUUUGCUUGAAGUGGUGUGUGGGUGUUGGAGAUUUGGGGGUUGAUUUGCUUGCUAUUAAGUGUAAGGAGCUGAGCAAUUUGGAUCUUUCUUAUUUGCCUAUCACGGAGAAAUGUCUCUCAUCGAUCUUCAAGUUGCAACAUCUUGAAGAUUUGGUCCUUGAAGGAUGCUUUGGCAUUGAUGAUGACAGCCUCAAUAAUGUUGUCUUCAAACAAGGUUGCAAGACAUUAAAGAAACUCGAUAUCUCUGGUUGUCAGAACAUAAGUCACAUUGGUCUGUCAAAGCUAACUAGCAUUUCUGGAUGUGUAGAACGACUCAUUUUAGCAGAUGGUUCUCCUGUGACUCUUGCUCUUGCUAAUGGUUUGAGUAAACUUUCCAUGUUGCAAUCAAUAAUAUUAGAUGGCUGCCUUGUUACUUCUGAUGGAUUAAGGGCCAUUGGAAAUUUGCGCAUUUCUCUCUGGGAGUUGAGUCUAAGCAAAUGUUCAGGAGUGACAGAUGAAGCCCUCUCAUUCAUUGUGUCUAAACACACAGAUCUAAGGAAACUUGACAUCACGUGUUGCCGUAUGAUAACAGAUGUUUCCAUCGCCAGCAUUGCAAAUUCAUGCACAAGCCUCACUUCUCUCAAAAUGGAGUCAUGUACUCUAGUUCCACAGGAAGCAUUUGUCCUGAUUGGACAGAAAUGCCAUUAUCUUGAGGAGCUUGACAUAACAGAUAAUGAAGUUGAUGAUGAAGGUCUUAAGUCUAUAUCUAAUUGUUCCAGGCUCUCCAGCCUGAAAGUAGGAAUCUGCCUUAACAUAACUGACAGAGGAGUGGCCUAUAUUGGCAUGUGUUGCUCAAAGUUAAAGGAACUGGAUCUAUACAGGUCUACAGGAAUUACAGAUUUAGGCAUUUCAGCAAUUGCUUGUGGUUGCCCGGGCCUUGAAAUAAUUAAUACAUCUUAUUGUACUAACAUCACGGAUGGGUCAUUAAUCUCCUUGUCAAAAUGUCGAAAUCUGAAGACACUCGAAAUACGUGGAUGUCUUCUCGUUACGUCUAUAGGUCUGGCAUCUAUCGCGAUGAAUUGUAAACAACUAAUCUGCGUAGACAUAAAGAAGUGUUACAACAUUGAUGAUAGUGGGAUGAUUCCCCUAGCAUAUUUCUCCAAAAGUCUAAGACAGAUAAAUUUGUCAUAUAGCUCAGUUACGGAUGUGGGGCUUCUGUCACUUGCUAGUAUCAGUUGCCUUCAAAGCUUUACCAUCCUUCACCUUCAAGGCUUGGCUCCAGGAGGACUCGCUGCUGCCUUAUUGGCAUGUAGAGGGCUAACAAAAGUGAAGCUUCACCUUUCACUAAGAUCUCUGUUACCUGAGCUGCUUAUCAGACAUGUAGAAGCACGCGGCUGUGUGUUUGAAUGGAGAGAUAAAGUGUUUCAGGCUGAAUUGGACCCCAAGUGUUGGAAACUGCAGUUAGAGGAUCUGAUGCACUAGGAACUUCUCAGGCUGUUUGAAAAUGAUAAAGAUAUUUGCACAACCCAUGAUCCAAGUUGGAACGCGGAAGAAGGGGAUGGAUGCAUUUCUGUUCAAAGUGAAGAACCUGAAAUGCAAACUUAAUAUGAAAGAUGUUAGAAGUGUUUUAGUCCAUUGGGGGUUACACAGCCCCCGUGAUGGAGAUAACCAAUUAGCUUCCCAUAGGGCCCUCAAAACCUGGUUUUUUAUCGAGCUUAAUGGCAUAGUGUGAUCCAUAUAGCCGAUUUGACUUGGUGAAAUAAGACUUUUGUUGUUUUUGUUAACACGCUGAAGCAAGGGUGAUCAUUUCCCCCUUUUUUUUAGCUGUAAAAAGCAGGGGCAAUCUAGCACAUAAAAACAUUGUAUGUAUCCCCUUCUGUUCAAGCUUUUUGUUUUUUGUAUUGUUUUUUCGUUUUCCUGUGAAAAGCACGGGUAAUCAACUGUAUACAAUUUUGUAAUCUCCUGUUUUUGUUUUAUAUCCAAUUAAAACUGUUCAGAGACAUAAACAA